AUGAGCAGACCAGCAGAUCCAGCAUGUACACAUGGGCCAUCCACGCGUCAGUGCUGGAGCAACGGCUACAGUGUCAACACCAAUUACGACGCUGUGUGGCCAAAUACCGGACGGAUGGUGACCUACACACUCGAUAUCCAGAACAAGACGCUCGCUCCAGAUGGAGUGCCUCGCCCUGUCUACGCCGUCAAUGGGCAGUUUCCCGGUCCUACAAUCCGAGCCAACUGGGCAUUCACUGGCACGGAAUCAGGCAGUGGGCAGACUAACUCAAUGGACGGCACCGGAGGUAUUACCGAGUGCCCUUUAGCCCCAGGCCAUAGCAGGACGUACACCUUCCUUUGCACGCAAUUCGGUACCACUUGGUAUCACAGCCAUUAUAGCGAUCAAUACAGUGACGGGGUUGUGGGCAGUAUUGUCAUCGAUGGUCCAGCCAGCAGUAACUACGAUAUUGACUACAAGGACCCUAUGCAAAUUACCGACUGGUUUCAUACCCCAGCGUUCACUCUUGCACCUCUCCUACAAUCCGGCCAGAUCCGUGGAGCGCCAAAGGCUGACAAUAUCCUAUUCAAUGGCACCAAUGUCUACCCAAGCAAUGGCACCAACACCACAGGUCAGUACAAUCGCGUCACACUGGUCAAAGGCAAGAAGCAUCGUCUGAGGCUAAUCAAUACCUCUACGAACGACAACUUCAAGGUCGGGCUUGACGGACACAACAUGACGGUCAUCGCCUCGGACUUCGUUCCCCUGAAGCCGUGGGUAACGGACUUCUUAUUUCUCGGCAUCGGUCAGAGAUACGACGUUAUUAUCAAUGCCAAUCAGCCAGUCGACAGCUACUGGUUCCACGCGAUCCCACAAGCAGGAUGCUCCGACAACCUGGUCGCCAAUGGCGUCUCCAUCUUCACCUACGAAGGAGCCAACAACACCACACCUUCGGCAGCGAACCGCAACAACUCGCCAGCAACCAACAACGACUGCAACGAUCCAAACGACAAGCUCGUACCGUACGUGAAGCUCAACGUCCCCACCAACGGCACGAUCCCCGACCACUCCCACCUCAACGUCAGCCUCGCCAUCGUGCAGAACGAAAUCAACCAAACCCUCGUGCAAUGGCUGCUGAACGAAACCGCAAUCCAAGCACCCUGGCAGAGGCCCACGCUCCAGCACGCCCUCGACAACGACGACCUCACCUUCCCGCACGCCGCCAACCUCAUCUCCCUCCCCAACGCCAACACCUGGAGCUACUGGAUCAUCCAAGCCCUGAAUAUCCCCCGCGUCCCGCCCUCGGCGCACCCGAUCCACCUGCACGGCCACGACUUCUACGUCCUCGGCGCCGGCGCCGGCAUCUUCGCCAACAACCAGAGUUCUUUGAAGUACGACAACCCCCCUCGUCGGGAUGUGGCGAUGCUGCCGCCCGCCGGCUGGCUGGCGCUGGCGUUCAUCACCGACAAUCCGGGCGCGUGGCUCAUGCAUUGCCAUAUUGGCUGGCAUAUCUCGCUUGGUCUGGGGGCGCAGUUUCUCGAGGAGCCGGCAGAGUUGAGGGCGAAGGGCGUGAACCAGCAGUGGAGGGAGCAGUGUGAUGCGUGGAAUAAGUAUUAUGAGACCGCGCCGUUCAAGCAGACGGAUUCGGGGUUUUAA